CAAUUAACAACUGUGUAUGUAUGGGCUGUGUGUGCGAGAGUGCGUGACUGUGUGUUUAACAAUUUAACGAGUCUGCGAGUGUACAUACGAAAAGAAACAUAAUUAUAUCGGCACGGCAAAGGCGCUCGAGCACGACUUAAUCAAAUCUAUACGUGCGAGAGAUUUUUUUACAAGCGCAAAAAUGUGUCGCACACUUCGAGGUAAAGAUGAUGCAAAAGAAAAUUACAACUUUUCGCGUGCUUUAUUAUGACACAGCUGCAGCGCAGAGACACGCACAACAAUACACACAGACGGACUCGUGCACGUAAUGAUCUCUCUCGCAUGUGUAUGUACGUGUGAUUCAUCGUGAGCAGGCCAAAAAAAUGCCGAUUGUUUGUCCUGCAGCUACUGCAAAAGUUUAUACACGUUUGUCGGGCGCGCACGCGAGUCAAGGUCCGCCGAGCAGCCGAAUUGGAAAUCGCGUCCGUAUCCUUCGAUUCGGAUGCACGUAUAGUUAAGGCACGUGGUCUCUCUAAGCGCAUUCCAGUCACGUGGCCGAUUUUAUGCAUCCAUUCUCAUUGGCCGUCGAUCGUUCCAAGCCGAUACUUGGAAAAUCGACCGGACAUCCAAUCAUAUGCACUUUGCUCUAUUCUUUUUUUUUUAACGCAGCGAUUCAAAUGUAACCGUAUGGACGUAAAAAAUUAGAUCGUACCGUUACGUUUGAAUGGCUGCCCAGCCGUUUCAUCAAUGUUUUUUUACUAAUUUAAGGUAUAGUGGGAGCUAACACGAGUCAGCGGAAUAUAACGAUGAUCCGAGAAGCCAACACCGAGUGUUGUCUGUCCGGGCAGCUACGUACCGCAGCGAUGGGUCUUUGCCAUCAUGGGCUUUUUGGCCCUGCUCAACGCCUACGCCAUGAGGGUCUGUCUGUCGAUCGCCAUCACUCAGAUGACCAUCGAACACCACUCGAACACGACGAGCAAUGAUUCGAGCCUCGACAGGUGUCCCGAUCUCAGCCAAGCUAAGAAUAUCACAGUGAGCGCGCCCACAGGGCCGCUGUACGACUGGGAUGAAACGUCGCAGGGUAUAAUCUUGUCGUCGUUCUACUGGGGCUACAUCGUGACCCAUCUGCCGGGCGGCAUGCUGGCCGAGCGCUUCGGCGGCAAGUACUGCCUCGGCCUGGGCAUCCUGUCCACGGCCGUCUUCACUCUGCUCACACCCCUGGCCACCGAGUGGGGCGGCAUGAAAGCUUUGGUGGUCCUCCGGAUCCUCAUGGGAUUGGGCGAGGGCACCACCUUCCCGGCCGUGAAUGUCAUGCUGGCCCAGUGGACGCCGCCGCAGGAGAGAUCGAAAAUCGGCUCGCUCGUCUUUGCCGGUGCACAACUCGGUACGGUCGUGUCGACCCUCCUCUCCGGCGAGAUACUGAAGAGCUCGGAGAUCGGCUGGCCCCUGGUCUUCUACGUGUUCGGCGGCUUCGGCGUCGUCUGGUUCAUCUUCUUCCAACUGCUCUGCUACAACAACCCGCGCGAGCACCCCUACAUCUCGGAGAAGGAGGCCAAGUUCCUGCACGACCGCAUGAACGAGCACACGAGCCAGCGAGCCCCGGGCCCGGUGCCGUGGCGCGCCAUCCUCACCUCGGCGCCGCUCUGGGCCCUGCUCGUCGCCCAGAUCGGCCACGACUGGGGCUUCUACACGAUGGUCACCGACCUGCCCAAGUACAUGCACAGCGUCAUGCGCUUCCGCAUCGAGGAGAACGGCUGGUGGUCCUCGCUGCCCUACCUCUGCAUGUGGAUCUGCUCGUGCGUCACUUCGUGGCUGGCCGACUGGGCCAUCGUCAACAAGUACAUGAGCACGACCAACGUGCGCAAGCUCGGCACCACCAUCGCCAGCAUCGGCCCGGGUAUCUUCAUCAUCGGCGCUUCCUACGCCGGCUGCGAUCAGAUGUCCGUCGUCGUGCUCUUCACCAUCGGCAUGACCCUCAUGGGCACCUUCUACCCGGGCAUGAAAGUCAACGCUCUGGAUCUGAGUCCCAACUUUUCGGGCACCCUCAUGGCGAUCGUCAAUGGAGUCGCAUCCAUCACCGGCAUGGUCACGCCCUACAUCGUAGGCGUCAUGACCCCCAACUCUACCGUGGCCGAGUGGCGCAUGGUCUUCUGGAUCGUCUUCAUCGUUUUCCUCGUGACCAAUCUCGUCUUCGUGCUAUUCGCCAGUGGCGAGAUUCAGCCCUGGAACAACCCCGACUACCGCAACAACGUGGAGAGCCAGAAGAAGGAGGAGGAGGAGAAGAAGAAGGCCGAACAGUUGAAGAACGCGACGUGAACGCUAUGGCUGGCUGCCAUAGACCUCCCAGUGCGAGCGCUACACACGUAUAUCGGAUUUACCUCGACCAUGAGCUCGAGCUUUUUAUAUUCGACGUGUUAGCGUAAGAGGAUUUUUCUCCUGCAUACGUGCGUGGCAAGCUGUGUGCCGUUUUUUACGCGUGCUGCUCUCGCGCGCGCGCGCGUCGUUUAUCGGCUCGCCUCGUUUUUCGCCGCUUUUUUGUUCGCGAAAAAUACAAGCGCAAACAUAGCUGCGAAAUCGCAAAGUGAGAAAACACUCGCCGCCUGGGAAUGGAAAUUCACCAUAAAAAUAAACUACCAAGAUCCAGUUCGAAGGGAGAAUGCAUGAAAACCAAUCGAUAAUUAUUAUAAAAAAAAAAAAAAAAUCAAAAGAACUUUUGUACUUUUGUAGCGAGACGUUCGACGUUUUCUCGCGCUCACUCGCUCGUUCGAGAUAGGUUCAACGAAUUAUCCGGGACUUUUCGAGGCGUGUUAGUACCUAAAAGAGACACUGCCUCGGAAUAGAUGCAUCGAUUUUUGAUAAGUAGUUUUUUUUUCUCUUUUUUGUUCUUUCUAUUUUGAUGUUGUUGUAUACGCUGUACGAAACUUUGUUUGCUCCUCGUACGCAUAUCGAGAGAAAAGAAAAGUCAUGUGCCAAAGUACGUUAAACAGCAAUAGAUUAUCAUAUUAAAGUAAAAAACAUUUUGAUCACUUUUAAGAUAUUUGAUAAACCACCGGUUAGAACUUGUGCGCAUGUAGUAGUACGUUGUACGUACGUUGUAGGAUCUAUAAAAGUGAUUUUUUAGUCGUUAGCAAUAUUUUUUUUUUUUUUCAAGUGAGUCGAUAAGAAUAGCGUCGUGUACCGAAUUUUCGAGUCCAAAAACUUCGAGAAGCCAUUGACAGUUUUAUCUUUUUUACUUCUUUCCAAGAAACCAUGAUCAAAACUUUAUAAUCUUUAAAUUGACCAAAAUUAGCGAUAAAAUUAGACAGAAGCGCGAAAACAGCGAGAGAAGAAAAAAAUGAUUGUUCUUGAGUUUUUUAUAAUCAAGGAUUACUUCAUUUUCUUUUUCUUCAUUAAUCGAAUCGCCGAGGUCGCAUGUUUAGCCUCUGCGAUAAAAGGUAAAUUCUUCGUUCGUGACAAUGUAUGUUGUCAGUUUUUUAUCGAUAGCUAAUGAUGUAUAUGCUCAAUUGUGCACUCGUUGUUCUUUUAUCAUUGUAAUCGUAAAGUAAUAAUCAAUAUCGACGUAUAUUAUAUCGUAAUUAAGUUUGUGUAUAUCUGUGCAAUGCAGGUGGCACGCGUACUUUUGUAUUAUAUCCAAGUAUAACUUCCAUUGAAGGAAUACUUUACUUAUUAUGUGUUAUGAGAUGGAAAAAGGACUACUAAGGUCGUUUUGAAAAAAGAUCGGAGUUCACUUUUUCUUUUCAUUUGUAUGUUUGAUCUGUACGCAUGUGUGUAUGUGUUUUUUUUGUUUUUUUUUUGUUUUUUUUUUAAUAGUUGAACAUCAAAUAUUACGUUUAUUUGUACUGUACACACAAAACGUGUACACGCCCACAAAAAAUCACGUUUUUAAGGAGCCAUUAUAAAUGCUCACGUGCGUAGAACUGAUAUAGGUUUAUAAUUAUGCGAGUAUUUUAGCCAUUUCGUAAUUGCUAGAAUAGUCCAUAUAAUCUUAAUUUUAUUAUAAUACUAAUAUAAUAUCAGUAAUUCCUAUGUAAUCAUCACUGUAUAUCGAGAAGAAACACGAAAGUAUUUAUAAAUUCAGUCAAUUUAAUGUGA